AUUUCGCAAAAAGCAAACAAAAACUCACAACGCGUUGUUCCCCAAAUAACUCUUGUAUUUGCGCUCUGUCCUUACCGGAAAAGCUGUGACUGCCUGUCCCUGCGGCUUUACUCUCUCUCUGUAGGUGGAGCGAAGGAGGCGAAAGAACGGUUCUGUCAAGAAGUUUUCAGACUGUCCUCUCUGUCGUGUUUGCACCGAUUUUCUUAGCUUAGCGUAAAAAUAACACACGAACUAAAGACUAAACAGAGGGGAAGAAGAGUGAGCCGGACUCGGACGCCACCAUGGAGGGUGUGUAUGGAUGGGGCAUGGCUCCAAUCAACCCAGUCCAAACAGCAAGCCCCUUCAUAGAGAUCAUCGAGCAGCCGAAACAGAGGGGAAUGAGGUUUCGGUAUAAGUGUGAGGGACGUUCAGCCGGCAGCAUCCCCGGAGAGAAGAGCAACGACACCACUAAAACCCACCCGGCCAUCAAGGUGCACAACUACAACGGCCCGCUGCGCGUUCGCAUCUCGCUGGUGACGAAGAACGCGCCGCACAAGCCUCACCCCCACGAACUGGUCGGGAAAGACUGCCGGCACGGAUACUACGAGGCCGACCUGCUGGAGAGACGAAUACACAGUUUCCAGAACCUGGGCAUUCAGUGCGUGAAGAAGAAGGAUGUGAACGAGGCCAUCACUUGCAGACUGCAGACUAAUAACAAUCCCUUCAACAUCCCCGACCCGAAGGUGUGGGAGGAAGAGUUUGACCUGAAUUCAGUCCGGCUUUGCUUCCAGGCCUCCAUCACUCUGCCUACGGGGGAGCUGUUUCCUCUGGAGCCCGUGGUAUCGCAGCCCAUUUAUGACAACAGGGCCCCAAACACAGCCGAGUUGAAGAUCUGCAGAGUCAACCGCAACUCUGGAAGCUGCAAAGGAGGGGAUGAAAUCUUUCUGCUGUGUGACAAAGUGCAAAAAGAGGACAUCGAGGUGCGAUUCUUCCAGGACUCCUGGGAGGGGAAGGGCACUUUCUCCCAAGCCGACGUCCACAGGCAGGUGGCCAUUGUGUUCCGGACGCCUCCCUACCGCGACACUAACCUCAGCGAGCCCAUAAGAGUCAAAAUGCAGCUCCGGCGGCCCUCGGACCGAGAGGUCAGCGAGCCGAUGGAUUUCCAGUACCUGCCAGCCGACCCAGAUGAAUACAGGCUGAGCGAGAAGAGAAAGCGCACGGGAGACAUGUUCCAGAAGCUCGGGCCCAUGUUAUCAAGUGUGUCCAUCCCACAAGACAGACGGCACAUAAGCCCGGCGAGGAGGAUACCCCCAGCCAAGCUUUCAGCAAUGAACGCCCAAGCUACAGCUGUAGCGCCCCCUGGUGCCAGCGGGGCAAAACCCCAGCCCUCCUACUCGUACAACCAGCCAGGCCAGCUCUUCUCUGUGCAGCCCAAGCCUGAGACCUCCUCUUCUAUCUCUGCUGCAACCACCAGCCAAACAUGGAAGAUCAUGGAGAGUCUGAACCUGGGCUCCCAGCCCAAAGCCACUCCAGUGCCCAACUUUACGAUGAGCCCAGCAGCAGUGGCUCCGUCCUCCUCCUCUACCACAGCCCCCUCUGCCAACCAGGACUACUCCACAGUCAACCUGUCAGACCUUCAUGACUUCUUCCCCAUCUCCUCCGGCAUCGCCCAGGAGCCGGCAGCCUCCCAAGGAAACGCCACCUCCUCCCAGACGAGCAGCUCCUUCGCCCUCCAGGGCUCUCAGUUCCGGGUGGAAGCCCCGCUUGUGGACGAGGACAUCCCAGAGUUCCCCAGCUUUUCCGAAGCCCAGGUCCCAGGCACCCUGGAGAGCCUGAACAUGGACGACUUUGAGGACCUCCUGAACCCCCGCCUCAUGAGCGAGGCCGGGAACGGCACCACUAUGCUGGCUCAGAUUUCAAGCCAACCCUCUGCCCCUCCCAGCUCCUCUGCUGCCGCCCAGAGCAGCGCCGCCUCCCAGAACACUUCUGACCCGGCAGGGAACCCGGGCGGCCCCUGGAUCAAUUACCCCAACAGCAUCGUCCACCUGCUCCAGAACGAGGGCAUGAUCGGCACCCCCGGGAACAACAACCACCAGCCCCCCGUUCUCGACGAGUUCGACGAGCUCAUGUCUGCCGACGAGGACCGUCUUAUUUCCAUUUUGAACAGCGGAAACCCAGUUGGUUUUGUGUCUGGACACCCAACUUAAGGGCUUUUUUUAAAGACAUGUUUAUUUUUAUAAAGACCACUUAUAUUUACUCCUUUAGCCUCCUUUGUUGUUAAUAGAGACACAAAAGGACGUUGACAUGAAGAGCUGGAGGAGACAGAAUGUAGCAGCACAGCUCGCAAAAGCAGAGGCUUUUUCUGUGGAUUUGUUAAAACACAGGGCAUGGGGCGGGGUACGUAAUCACAUCCCAUCGAUUAAUCCCAUGUUUAACAUCAGCCAGUGAUGGUGGAAGAUGAUCCACCGGCAAAUGUUUGUUUUAAAAAGACAAUCAGACCAGAGCGGCGUACAACAAAGCGAGAUGAACGGGUUAGCGAGGUAAGGCGAGGCUGCUCUGGAGGAGGUUAUGUUCACAAUUUGGGAUUUAAAUCAGCUAUAUCCUCUCUCCCUGUUGGACCUUUGGGCAAAAAUGCUAGACUGGAGUUUGUUUUACACAGCUGGCAUAACAGCAAACGCAGCUCACAUUACAAAACCGCAAAGUCGGUUGACUUUCGGCGCAGAAAAGAUCAGAAACAUUUUUUUCACUGUUUAUCCUUCGUUAUAGGACGACAUUGGACCUAAACGCACUUCUGGAAUAUCAUGUUUAACCCUUUAAUACCCAAGGGGUAUAAAGGCAGCUUGGUUUUUUAAAUUUGGGCUAUAAAAGAGUCAGAAAUCAUACUAUAAGUGAUCGCUUUUACUCAUUUUUUUCCCCCCAGAACAACCCCAAGCUUUCAAUAUCUGACAUGCGAGUUUAGAUGGAUAGUUUAAAGUGGAAAACAACAAAAAACUGACUUGGAUUUUUCAGGAUUUUACUAAACUAGGAACUGGAGUUGAACAUGUACAAAAUAUCAGACGACAAAAAUGUAAAAUAUAUAAAAUGCUAUAAUGAAUAUUUACAAACAAUGUAAUUUUAUAAUAAUUUUCUUGACAAAUGUAUUUUUUUAUUACAAAACUUUUAAGGGAAACUUUUAAGGAGUUAUUGGAAUUUUCUUCCUGAAGGUUUUGCAAAUUUCCAGAUAUUUGUGGAAUUUUUUGCUGAAUUUUUUUUUUUUUUCAGACAAAGAAAAACAUUUUUUUGGUGCGUGUAAAUGAGGACAACAGGAGGGUUCAAGGGUUAAAUGUGUGAGGUUUAGAGUUCUAAUGUGCAGCUGGUUUGUUAGAAAAAACUCUUCAAACAUGGUCCACAAAUUUCUAUAUUCGUCGUAGCUCUCCAUUAUAACCCUCCUGUUGUUCUCAUUUACGGACACCAAAAAAUAUUGUUUCUUUCUCUGAAAAAAAUCCAAAAAUUCAGCAAAGAAAAUAAAAAUCCCCAAAUUGAUAAAAAUGUGAAAAAUCUUCAGGAAGAAAAUUCCAUAAAUUCCUUAAAAGUUUCCCUUAAAAGUUUUUCUCAAUUAAAAAUUAAAAAAAUUGGCAAGAUAUAAAAAUUUAAAAAAUUAAAAUUGUAAAUAUUUUUUAAAAAUUAAUAAAAAUCUUCCAAAAAAAUCCUAAAAAUAUUGAAUAUCUAAAGUGAAUUUUGGUUGAUUGUUUCUGAAUGUUCUUAAAAAAGCAUUUAUAUUUUUAGCAUUUCUUUUUUUGCACCAAAAAAUGUUCAAAAAUGUUGAAACGUUGAAGCUUUCACUGAGAAAAUUUUAUUUUUCCCCCACAUUUUCAAACUUUAAAACGGGUCAAUUUGACCCACAGGAUGACACGAGGGUUAACAAACCGUUCCUCUUGACUGAAAUAAGCUGGUCCAUUUAGAUUUAAAAAAAACAAACAAACACCCGGUUAGUUCAGACAAUGGACAAACAGCGGCGAAAGUUUGGUUCGUGUCUAUGUUGAUCUCGCCUCGUUUUACGCCCCUCGGAUGCACUGGCGAAGGCGUCCGUUGGUUUUGAUGGUAGCUGUGGUCGCAGAAAUAUUCACAUUUGGUCUGCAUUUUUACUCUAAACAAAGGGUUUUUUUUAAUUUCUCAGAAAGAAUGUAAUCAGAUUGAGAGGUAAGUCUAUGCAAAUUACACUCACGGAUGUUCCUUUGGAUUCUAUCAAAUGUUUUUAAUUGUUUUCUGAAGGUUGGCAGUGACUGUCAGAAGAACCAAAUGAAGGUCUACGUGUAGAUAACUGUCAAAACAGGUGACGUUAUUAAUAAGUACGUGUUUUUUUAUUGUCUGGCAUUAUCCUGCGGUUUAACUCGACUGUCAGACAUGUAGGUCAACUCGUUAGACCCUGUAGUAAAAGAUGCUUUAUUGAGAUGUAAUUAUGCCAUUUUGGUUUUUUAAAUGUGUGAUGUAAGCAGAUUAUAAUUAUGCAAUUUUCACUGUAAUGAAUGACUAACGCUGUCCACAUUCAAAACACUUUUUCUUGGCAAUAAAAACUAAAAUGUGUAAA